UAUGGCAGAGCCCGGGCGAGGGGCGGCAGGAGCCAUGUCCAGCCGCGAAGGCGGCAAGAAGAAGCCCCUGAAGCAGCCCAAGAAACAGGCCAAGGAAAUGGACAAGGAAGACAAGGCAUUCAAGCAGAAACAGAAGGAGGAGCAGAAGAAACUCGAGGAACUAAAAGCCAAGGCCGCGGGGAAGGGCCCCCUGGCCACUGGUGGAAUUAAGAAAUCUGGCAAAAAGUAAGCUGUUUCUUGUGCUGGAGAUAAUGGUGAUCUUUAAUUCUCUUACUGG